UUAAAUUACAACAUCUCCGCAAAAUUCCGGCCUGACAUCCCUGAAACCUUGAUCGAGUUACGCCAAGUGUGAUUCACUGUUCACGCAACCGAGCUGUGUCUCGGCGAAACUGGGCAAAUCGAAUCGCGGGGUAAAACCAACGGAGGAAGACAGACUCAUGUGAUUCCGCUGAGUCACCGUGCACACCUGAUAUUGAACCGAAACUGAAGAGGAUCGACAUUGAAAAAAAAACCUCUAACCGGGAGGGAGCUGGCUGAUCGUUACUGCUGACCAGUGUGUGCUACAGUCUCCUAAGUAGGAGACCUUUCUCUGUAAAGGAGAGCAUUUCCGGGAUCACAAGCUGGAUAUCGACGAGAAGAUCAUGGCAAUUCAUCCACGCAGGGUACGAUUGAAACCGUGGUUGGUGGCCCAAGUGGAUAGUGGUCUUUUCCCAGGUCUAGUUUGGCUCCAUCGGGAAAAUAAACGUUUUCAAAUUCCUUGGAAACAUGCAACUCGUCACAGUCCACCUCAAGAGGAAGAAAACACUAUUUUUAAGGCAUGGGCAGUGGAAACUGGGAAGUAUCAAGAAGGGAUUGAUGAACCAGAUCCAGCCAAGUGGAAAGCACAGCUUCGUUGUGCACUUAACAAAAGUCGGGAAUUUAAACUAAUUUACGAUGGAACCAAGGAGGUUCCGAUGAAUCCUCUUAAAAUCUACGAAGUGUGUGAUAUCCCACAGAGCAGUGGUAUACACAGCAAUCCAGGAUCGGUACCAUGGGAGGAAAAUCUAGAUUUGGACGAUGAGGAUGAUGAGUUGAGCACUUCUCAGCCUCAGGUUAAAAUGCAAGAAAGCUUUCCAUUUUCCAGUUCGAAUGCCUCUCCGAUAGCCGCAGCAAAUGUGACUAGCUGCUCUCCAAAUGAGUGGAUAAAGACUGAGCCAGAACAGGUUGAUCCACACUUACCGGCUGAGAUAAUCAGCACUCCAGAAACCUGGAUCAGCUCCCUGCCCAUGACAGACUUGGAGAUCCAGUUCCAGUACCGAGGAAAAGAAUUGGGACCUGCUUUAAACGUCAGCAAUCCACAGGGAUGCCGUCUCUUUUAUGGUGAUCUGGGUCCAAUGCCAAACCAAGAGGAGUUAUUUGGUCCAGUUUCCCUUGAACAAGUGAAGUUUCCUGGAACAGACCAUAUUUCAAAUGAAAAGCAACGUCUUUUUACAAAUCGCCUGUUAGAUGCGAUGGACCGAGGACUCAUCCUAGAAGUGAGUGGUCAUGCCAUCUAUGCCAUCCGGCUGUGCCAGUGUAAGGUGUAUUGGUCAGGACCCUGUGCAAAUGGAAAUAAUACCCCACAUGUCAUAGAACGGCAGAAGAAAGUCAAGCUGUUUUGUUUAGAAACAUUCUUGAGUGAUCUGAUUGACCUUCAAAGAGGACAAAGUAAUAAAGUACCACCUUUUGAGAUUUACCUGUGCUUUGGGGAAGAGUGGCCAGAUGGCAAGCCUAAGGAAAGGAAACUAAUCAUGGUGCAGGUUGUGCCUGUUGUUGCACGGAUGAUUUAUGAGAUGUUCACUGGUGAAUUCACACGUUCUUUUGACAGUGGCAGUAUCAGGCUGCAGAUCUCGACCCCAGACAUUAAAGAUAAUAUUGUGACUCACCUGAAGCAACUCUACCAUCUGUUGCAAACAAACCAAGGACAUGAGCCAUGGCAAAUUCAACCUCCAAACCUGCACAUGGCACAACCCCUGCCAACCCAGUAACAUACACUUUCAUCCUCUCCAGCAGAAUUGUUAAUUUUGAUGGAAAUGCCACAGUGAAUGUAAAAUAUUAAUUGCAAUUUAAUAUAUAUUAUAUAUACAUAUGUCUAAUAAGCCUGCUCUAUUUAGUGCUGGUACAAUUUGAGAACAGAAGUGUAAUUGUAACUGAUUAAAUUGUUUAUUUUAAAGAAAUUGACCUCCAUAAAUUCUCUUAUGGUUUUGUUCCCCAUAUGCCUAAUCUUAAAGCUGACAGUCGCAAGAUGAAAAAUGUGGAAUUUCCCAAGCUCUGAGAUUUUGUAGAAAUUUAAUCACAAUGCUGAAUCGAUUUCCCAUUCUUAUGAAGAGAUAUUGAGGUUGUAAAAGGUGUGACAAUGUCCUAAAGUGCCUGUUGAGGUGUAAUUACUGUUGUAAUUUUAAAGUCUUGGUACAUCCAUUGUUGAACAGUGACCAUUAAGGUACUGAAAUGACCAUCAAAGGUGUUUUUUAGUGAUAGAUUCCAAAGCUUAUUUCACUUUAGAAAGAUGCCCAAUGUUUCCAAACAUAGUCCUGUGUUUCAGUCAUGUAUUUUUGUGAGCUAACAUUAGAACUCGCUAGCCCUUGCUAACCAUUUGCUGGCAUCAAAAAGUUUUUAAAACAAUAAUGAUAUUACACUGACAUUGAAAAUAUGGAAACUAUUUAAUCUGGCUGAUCUGGUACCACAAAAAUUUAGAAGAUUUAAAAUCUGUUCAACUCACUGAUUCAAGAAAAUGUUUGUUUGGGUUCUGUAUUAUAACAUCAUAGAAUCCAUUUUUAAAUUCUGGUAUGGAUUCUAUGUAAAUGACUAAUUCUUUGAGGUAAAUAUUCCUGAUUUAACUUAUGUUGAUUUUUAUACAAAAACAAUCAAUGCAUUACUUUGCAAAUGACACUAAACUGGAGUUUAGAAUGGGUGGUGGUAGAUAGUUAAAGUUGGCAUGAAGCACAACUUAUUAUUUCAGCUACAGAUAAUUUUAUUGUUGAUCAAGUUUUUAUGCAAGUCAAUCCAAAUAAUAUUGAGAUGUUAAUUUGCAUAAGGUCUAUGGUGCCAUUUAAUUGUUGUAUGUUUGCAGAACUGCAUCCUGAGCUGUAUUAAACUGCAAUUCAAUUUUCUAUGAUACAUGUUCUACUGUGACUGGUUAAAUAUAAUUUAAGUUAUUUGGAA